AUGAAGGGACAGGCGGGCACAAGGACGGCACCGAAGAACAUCUCCGUGUUUCUUCGUGUGCGCCCCACCAUAGCCCGUGAGUCGAAGGCCUCAUGCAACAACUUGAAGUUUGACCCCAGUGACCCUCGGAGAGUCACCGUGACUCGAAAGAGCGGCUCAAGGCCGAUUUCUAAGUCGUUUGUAUUCAACAAAGUCUUUACCCCGACAACAGGACAGACGGAGGUGUACGAAGAUUUUGCACGUGGUGCUGUGGACGCCGCUUUUGACGGUCAGCAUGGCGUACUUUUUGUGUACGGCCAAACAGGCUCUGGCAAGACGUACACCAUGAGUAAUGAUGACCCUAAGAACCUCGGUAUGAUGCAGCAAGGCCUGCAUGAUGUAUGGAAUCGCAUUAGAAAUGACACGGAGCACGAUUACAGCUGCAGCGUGAGCUAUGUUCAGUUGUACAAUGAGAUUCUGACGGACUUGCUUGAUGCCCAGAAGGGUCGUGUGCGUAUUCAGCUUGGUCCGGAGGGGUGUGGCGACGUCGUGCUUGUCUCAGACUCGUCCGGCAUGCCGAUUGAGAAGAAAGUGCAGAAUUAUGAGGAGACCAUGGAACUGUUUUGCGUUGGCAUGGGUCGAAAGGAGAUGACAAGUACGAUGAUGAAUGAAGUGAGUUCCCGUUCUCACACAAUUUUUAAUUUCAACAUCACCCGUUCCGAGAAGACGAGGACGGUGGUGGUGAAAGAGGGGGAGCUCAACGAUGCGCCGACGAUGGCGUUGGAGGGGCGUCUUGUUAUUUGCGACUUGGCUGGCAGUGAGCGGGUCAGCAAGUCACAUGCCGAGGGCAAAACACUGGAUGAGGCAACUCACAUCAACGGAAGCCUUCUCGUUCUCGGGAAGGUUGUUGCGGCAUUGACGGACAAGAGUUCGCAACAUGUGCCGUUCCGUGAGUCAAAGCUGACUCGCAUCCUGCAGUACUCGUUGCUUGGCAACGGCAACACCUCCAUCGUCGUCAAUUGCAGCCCCUCUGAUGAAUCUACGGAGGAGACGCUGAGUGCAAUUAUGUUUGGCCAGCGGGCAAUUCAAAUUAAGCAGGAUGCAAGGCGUCACGAGGUGCUUGAUUACAAGGCACUGUACCUGCAGCUUAUGGCUGAGCUCGACUCCAAGAACGAUGGAACGCUGGCGGAUGCACUGAAGGAGGAGCGGAGGGUCUACGAGGACCGCGUCAGCGCCCUGGAGGACCGUGUGCGCAUUCUCACCACCGAGAAUGACCUUCUGCGACAGGAGAUCACGGAGCUGCAACGCGGGGGAGACGGGACUGCCACCGAUGGCGCUGCCGCGGCUGGCUGGCAGGCCGUAAGCAAGCAGAUGCGGGAUAAACUUGCAGAGCGUGAUGCGGAGAUCAAAGUUGUCACGGAGGAGAGGUUCAAACUUGCGAUCCUCCUUGCGGAGGAAAAGCGCACGGCAUUCCGACUGGCGGAGAAGCUUCGCGCCACCAUGAUGCGCUACCAGAUGGAUUCCAAGCAGUGGACGCGGCAGCAGGAAAGGCUUACCAUUGAGCUUGCGCAGCUGAAGGGCACGGACUACAUCAGUCUCACGGGGGACAUCAAAGAAUGCGGCUCGUCGGGUGGCUCCACAAAUCAAAGCGUUUUCACGGACUCCGUGAGCGUGCCGCCGCAGCCCUCGCCGUCCACAGGACAGGAUGAUUCAUACAUGCAGGAACAGCUGGAAAAGGCAUACAAUCGUAUCCGAGAGCUGAAUCAGGAGCGACUGGAGCGCAUCGUUUAUCAAUCGAAAGCAGAAAAGGCCAUCCGUGUGUUGUAUGCCGAGAAGACUGCUCUUGAGAAGCAGCUCCUACAGCAACAUUUAGUCUCUAAAGAGAAGACAACAACAAUGGGUUCGCGCUCUUCCCACUGA